AAUACUACAUGUAAAAAUUGUAAACUAUAAAGAAUAGCAAAUUAAAUUUCUUAAUUUAUCAAUUUGUUGAAGAAUUAUAUCAAGAUGUGAUUCAAAGUAUAUGGAUGAUUACAUAUUUUACGACGUUUUUACUGAAAUAUGACAGUGAAGAACUUUGUACUUUAUCUUUUUAUUUCAUCAGUUAUUUUACUAAUUUUUGUUGUGUACUGGCGACAGUUCUCAAACAGUGAACAUGAGAGUAGUUUUCAAACUACUGAGAGACUUCCAAAGGCUUCCACAAAGCACUUAGAGCAAUGCAAAGAGGGCUAUUCCUUCUCACAAAUUGACAAUUCUUGUUUGCCCUGUGAGAAAGGGUCGUUUAGCUUUAAGUCAUGGAUUGGUUGUCACCCAUGGCUAGACUGUACAGAUAUUGAAAUGAAUGUGCGGACUAGAGGGUUGUUAAGUACUGCAAGCCAUAAUAAUGCUGUCAAAAGUAUUUACUUGGCCGACUGGCAUGGCUAUACUGUUGUUUACAUGAAGUGUUCAAGUGCAAUAUACUGGGAUGAUUGUCGGCAUAACACCAGGAUGAUCAAGGGAUUACAAGGCAGUGAACUGAUUGUGCAACUUCUUGGUACUUGUGAAGAAAAGCAGGAGGUAGAUUACUGCUCUACCUUUUCGUGUAGUACUUAGGCUCAUCACACUCCACCUACUAAGAGAGCUCAUUUUUGUGAGUAAAAGUCUGCCACUGUCCCCAUUAGCUAAUUACAAUUAACCUUUCCUUCAUUUAGAUGGUGAUAACAUAUUAUCACCAUGGUUCUGCUGACAAAUUGAAUCAAAUCCUACCACAUCUUCAUACUAAUGAGGAACUCAACAUACGAAUACAAUUAGCAAGAGAUUAUUUACGGAUACUUGUGUUUUUACACGACAGCCCUUUGGGUGUAAGAGUCAUGUGUGAUACAAAUGAUCUCAUAAAAACACUCUCACAAUUUUUAAUCACAGAUGAUUUGCAUCUCAUUGUUAACGACCUAGACGCACUGCCCAAAGUUGACCACCAAUUAGGUCAAUUAGUAAAAUGUGGUCAUCGGGAGUUGUAUGGUUGGUUUGUGGCUCCAGAACAGCGGUGGCCAUUUGAUGACAAACCAUUUAACGGCUUAGAAAUGCCAGGCUAUGAUGAAAAGAUAGAUAUAUGGAGAAUUCCUAAUGUUGUAGUUUGGUUCCUAGGAGAUUCACUUGAUGGUUUAAGAAUUAAAGCAAAAUUAAAAUAUCUAUUCAAUAGUUGCAAGGCAAUAGACCCCAAGCUUCGGCCAAGCGCUAGCGAGGUAUUGAAAAGAUUUGAAGAGAAUGUUAGUUGAUUUGUAAAUUGAUUCUGUAAAAAUGAAAUCAAGAUUGCAUUUUAACGUUAACUUAAUUGAUCUGAAGAGAAUGUAAAUUGAUUUGUAAGUUAAAUUUGUAAAAAAUGAAAAUAUGGAAAUUGCAUUCUAUUGUCUAACACAAUUGUCAAGGCUACAAAUUACACAUUUUGAGUACAUAUAUAGAUCAGUG